AUGAUUCUGGACAUGCUGUGGCCCGAGCUGAAGCACGCCAUCGAGGAGGUGUCGUACGGAAAGGGACUACGUGUCUCACAACAUUGCGGAUGGGACCCGGCACGAUCUGAGAUUGAUAUCGCGGAGGGCGCCUUCUCCAUCACCACCAGGCUGGCGCUGAACGACCUCGACUUGGAGAGGUGCGAGCGCGAGAUGAAGAGCGCGAUCCCGAACACGAGCAAACUCUUCCAGAAGCUCAACCCGACGGCU